GUGUAGGAGCGUGACGUUUCAAAAAGGAUACAGAGUAAGAGAGUGACCGCGCUUUUGUUGGGAAAAACUACCAGACGAUAGUUCUCUCGCGAUCUAUCAAACCGCUCAUUGCUUUCAUUACAGAGUCUCAUAUUAUGUAUGUCAGCAUUGCAAUUAAACUUUCAAUUCGUUAAUUAAUUACUUACUAAGUAAGCAGUGAAUUGUUUUAUCGUUAUCAGUGAUGCGUUAAUCCUCCCGCUAUUUGGACAGUUUAAAACUAAACUUAUCUAGUUUAGCAAAAAAAAAAAAACGCGAGUGACGUCUGCAAGAAGACGAUAUUUUUUUAAAAAUUGUAAUUCAAAUAUUUAAAUGAAGUAGAAGUUGUGUAAUUAGCGCGUUGUAUUAUACGCGUAAUAUUUAUUUAUCUAUUUAAUUUUUUCCUCGGUCUAUUAGUUCAUCGUCGAAGAGGAAAAGUGUGUCGUAAUAUUACGAUUACCAUUGAUAAAUAAGUUAUUUAGUCAGCGGUUUACUAUUUAUUGGAUGUUGGUUCUAUUACUAAUUAUAGAGGGUUCGGAAGAUAGCAAGACUUGCGAUGUUGAACGAUCGUGAUAAGUGAUAAUUUAUAAUGUUUGGUCUAUUACAUCACCGUGAUUGCUAUCAGUCUAGAUAAACAUGAGAUUGUUACGAUGAUCCACACCUGUUACAUUUAAACGGUUUAUAAUAACAAUAAUAAUAAUAUUAUUAUUAACUUAUGAGCUUAGAAAAGAGAAAAUUUAUCUUUAAUGAUGGCAAUAAAAAAUAAUAAUGGUAAUUAUAAAUAAAUUGAAUUGUGUUUUAAUGAUAAAAUAGACGGACGCGUGUCAUGGAGAUUAAAAGUCAAAUAGUUUCGUUGUUAUUGAUACUCAUGGACAAUUAUUGUGCGAUAAAUGCCGGGGGUUUUCCUGAAGAAUCGUCGCUGUAUCGUUGCGCGAUACAAACAUCCUGCAAGACCUGCCUUGAAAGCAGUUCUUCCUGUGCGUGGUGUAGCGAAUGGUCAUAUUCAAAUUCAACUGUCGGCAAGUUGAGGUGCAGUAGCGCGGAACGUUUGGAAGAAUUCGGGUGUCCAAAAAACGCAAUUCAUCAUGCAUCGAUGGGCUCCGUAAACUCUCUAAGAGACGAUGAUUUUCAAGAUGUUGUCGUACCUGGCCAAGUGCCUAUUCAAUUGAAACCACAAAGAAUCCACGUUAAAUUGCGGCCACAUACCACGGAAACUGUUUAUCUGAAAUACCGGCCUGCUAAGAAUUAUCCGCUGGACUUGUACUAUUUGAUGGACUUGACAUGGUCGAUGAACGACGACAAAGACACACUAGUAAGUCUCGGUUGGAAAAUGGCUCACACAUUGGGCACAUAUACAAGUAAUUUCCGUUUAGGUUUCGGAAGUUACGCUGACAAACCAUUAAUGCCAUACGUAUUUCCUGGUCAUGAGGAUAAUCCGUGCAAAAGUGAGCACAGUGUUUGCGCUCCUGUAUAUUCAUUUAAACAUCACAUGCGACUGAGCGAAGAUGUGCCGCGUUUUAUCCAACAGGUGAAUUCUAGUGAUGUAACGGGAAAUGUAGACAAUCUGGAAGGUGGUCUGGAUGGUGUCGUACAAGCAAUAGUGUGCAAUGAACAGGUGGGAUGGGCGCGACAGGCGCGAAAAUUAAUGCUAAUUGCGACUGAUGGAUUGAUGCACUUUGCUGGCGAGGGUAAACUUGGCGGAGUCGUUAAUCGUCACGAUUUCUCAUGUCAUCUUGGUAGUAACGGUGAAUAUACGAUGUCUAAAGUGUUUGAUUAUCCAUCACUGGCAGAAAUAUCACGUCUGCUGAAGCAGCGUAAAGUUAAUUUAAUUUUCGCCGUUACCGAGGAACGGAGAUCUGAGUACGAAAAAAUUUCUAAUUUAUUGGAAGAAAAAGCCCGCGUUGCCACUCUCGCUGCCAACAGUUCAAAUAUACUUGAAAUAAUAAAACAAUCUUAUCGAGACAUUGUUACGAAAGUUGUUUUACGUGAUAAUUCAACAGACUUAAUAGACAUUAAGUACUACUCGAAAUGUGGGAGUAGCGAUGAUAGACCGGAAAUUAUGACAUCUGAGUGUAGUGGGAUACAAGAAGGUCAAGUUUAUGAUUUUAAAAUCGAGUUAUCUCUCGCUGAUUGUCCGAGUAAUGAAAGUCUUUGGAAACAAAAAAUUAUAAUUGAUGACGCAUUGGCCUCAGAAGCUUCCGAGUCAUUGAUAGAAAUAGAGUUGCAGUGCGGAUGUGAUUGUGAAAAAACGAGCCCUCAUUGUAACAAUGGUAUAGAUGAGUGUGGAAUAUGUAAAUGUUAUUACGGAUGGUCUGGAGAAAAGUGCGAUUGCGACGAGAGUAGAUGGACAUUAAAUCGUUUACAAUGUAUAAAACCUGGAGAUUCAAAUAAAUUUUGCUCAAAUCGCGGUGAAUGUACUUGCGGUUCAUGUAACUGUGAUCCUGGAUAUAAUGGGAAAUACUGCGAAUGUUCACCUUGCGAUAAGACAAACGGAAUUGAAUGCGGUGGAAGAGGAAGGUGUGACUGCGGUGUUUGCACUUGUUUAGAUGGAUGGCAAGGAGAUGUAUGUGAAUGUCCGACAGGCAAUGAACUUUGUAUAGCACCUGGGAGUAAUGAUGUCUGUGCUAAUCAUGGAUUUUGUGAUUGUGGACAAUGUCGAUGCAAUGUAACUGCGCCAGGAGAUGGUUUAUUGUAUCGCGGGACUUAUUGCGAAUCAUCGGCAAGUGCUGGCGGACGUGGGCUCUGUAUUUUAUAUGAAUCCUGCGUCAAUGUGACGGUUGAAACACCUGAAAAAACUGACGAGUAUUGUCAUCGGAAUGGCACUUCGAAAUAUGAAAUAGAAAGAGUCGACGCUGUUGAUACCAGCAGCGAUCAUUAUUGUAUUGUCAGGACUGUUGAAGGUUCUACUGUAUGCACUAUCCCGUAUGUUUAUCAGUUUACUGAAGACAACAGAGUUCUACUUAUUAUUGGUGAUAAGUUCUGUCAAACUCCAUUACCAGCAGCCGUAUUUCCGGGAGUAGUAUUUUUAGCAGUUGUCGUCCUUGGAAUAAUUGGUUUAAUAAUAUGGAAAUGUUGGAUUGCAAUAAAAGAUCAAAGGGAAUAUGCUAAAUUUGAACUAGAACGUAAAAAAACAGUUUACGCAUUAACACAAAAUCCGAUAUACAGACCAGCGACUACUGAAUUCAGAGUUCCUGACUCUUACAAAGAAGAUUAAAAAUUAUUAUGGGUAAAAAUGUUUAAAAUCCAAAGCAUUUAUUUUUUUAACUCAUCAAUUUACAUAUUGUACAUGUUAA